AUGUGCUCGAGUGAGCAAGCGAGGAUUUUCCUCGCGGAUCAUCUCCGAAAUUGCGUUGCAAUAGCAGAGAUUUCCAAAAUUCACAAGCAAAUCACCAGUAGCUCACUCACGCAGGACAGGUUUUUGGCUAAUUUACUUGUGGAGGCGUACGGCAGGUGCGGGAGCCUGGAGUUGGCAAGCCAAGUCUUUGAUCAAAUCAGCCAACCCAACGUAUUCUCUUGGGGUAUCCUUCUCUCGGCAUAUGCCAGGAAUGGGCAUCUAGAGAGAGCUUACUCGCUUCUCAAGCUCGCACCAGAGCAUAGCAUUGUCUUGUGGAACAUCAUACUCACUUCGUUUCUCGAAAGAGCUGGGAUUUGCAAAGGAGCAAAAAUCUUCCAAGAGGAGAUGCCAGUCCUUGACAUGGUUUCCUGGAACACAUUUCUUGCAGCUCAUGCCGAAUCUGGGCAUAUCAGACUCGCCGAAGAGAUCUUCGUUUGCAUGCCAGAGCACGAUGUCGUCUCGUGGAACACAGUGAUCGCGAUGUACGGACGCCUUGGAAAUCUCCAAAAGUGUGGCGAAAGUUUUGAGAAGAUGCCGGAGACCAACUUGAUCUCUUGGAACGCUCUUCUCCACUGCUAUGCCCAGGUUGAGCAUCUUGCCAGUUCUAAGCAAAUCUUUGACAGCUUCCCGGAGUAUAACGUCGCGUCGUGGACGACAAUGCUGCAAGCCUAUGCCUUGAGCGGGCAUCUUGAGGAAGCCAAGAGCUUGUUCGAUCAAAUGCCCGAGCUGACGCUCCAGUCAUGGACGUCGAUGCUUCACGCCUAUGCCCGGAAUGGGUUCCUCGAGGAAGCGCUGGAAACGUUUCGAGCCAUGCCGGAGCGGGAUGUCGUCGCCUGGACGGGCCUUCUGCAUGCGUUCGUCACUUCCGGAAGCUUGAGCUUGACGAAACUCUUCUUCGACCGAAUGCCCGAGCGGAGCACGGUCUCUUGGAGCUGCUUGAUCGAAUCUAGCGUCCUGGCCGGGGACUGGAGGCAGGGACUCGAGAGCUUCCAGGAGCUGAAUUGCAGUGGGCUUGACAGCAACGAUGUGUGUUUCCUGGCGGCUCUUAUCGCUUGCGGCUAUGGCGGUCUCGUCCACCGGGGCUGGCAGCUCUUUGCGUCGCUGAGUGGUGACUUUGGAUUGAGUGCUCGGCCGGAGCACUACUCCGCGAUGGUGGGCUUGCUUGCGAGAGCUGGAGAGCUGGACCGGGCGGAGGAGCUGAGUGUCACCAUGCCGUUCGAGGCUCACGGACCCGUGUGGAGGGCACUCCUGGGAGCUAGCUCCGUGCACCAAGUUGGACGCUAUGGUGGCGCCGCUGGGAAGCAAAUGCUGGAGCUUGACCCGGGUAACGCAGAAGCGUUCGUGCUUCUUUCCAGAGUGUGCACGAGCUCUUGA